GAGGAAUUGUUUACAUGUGACACAAGCUCCUCUGAAGUAGAAGCGUGAGGUCGUGGAGCUCCGCACAAAAAGAAAAUCAGCAUCGCAAUUUGAGCUUUUGCGACAAAUGCAAACGUAUUUAAUUGUCACCUGACAGUGGCAUUGUCGUGAUACUUAAAAUCAAGUUAUUAAUGAAUGACAUACCUUUAGAAAAUACUAAUAGACCAUCGUAAUGGUCCCUGGUAGCAGAGCUAUUUAUCUCGCCUCUUGCGAUGCUCUACGGAUAGCGGUGCAUACCAAAUUUCAGUAAUUUAAACAUGUACUUUGGCUAGUGCAGGAAAAUUGGGUUUAGUGAAAUAAAAUGUUUGCAUUUAAAGCUUCGGCUCAACAGGGCACACGUAUGUUUAGAGUCAAGAUUUUAAGCAAAUGUGCUUUUAGAAGAAAAAUGAGUUCCAGGCUUGUUCUCGGCAUUGAGACAAGCUGCGACGAGACAGGUGCGGCUGUAAUGGAUGAAACAGGCUUAAUCCUUGGAGAAUCUCUUCAUUCACAAAAAGAGGUGCACAUGAAGACUGGUGGGAUUAUUCCCACUGUUGCCCAGCGGCUCCACAGAGAGAACAUAGGCCGUGUCGUCCAGGAGGCCAUGGAGAGGAGUGGCAUCACCCAGAGUCAACUGUCUGCUGUAGCCACCACAGUGAAGCCGGGCCUGGCCCUGAGUCUUGGGAUAGGCCUGGACUUUAGCCUGAACUUUGUAAAGCUACACCAGAAGCCCUUCAUCCCCAUCCACCACAUGGAGGCCCAUGCCCUGACAGUCAGGAUGCUCCAGCCUGUAGUAUUCCCCUUCCUCGUCCUCCUAGUCUCCGGGGGUCACUCUCUCUUGGCUCUGGCCAGAGGAAUCGAUGACUUUCUUCUCCUGGGUCAAACACUGGAUGAAGCUCCAGGGGACACUAUGGACAAGGUAAAGAGUAUAACUUGGCCGGUGGGUUUUCUUGGCCUUGAAUUUGUGACAUUUGUGUGUUCACAGGUGGCGAGACGUUUGUCACUCAUCAAACACCCAAAGUGCUCCAUGAUAAGUGGGGGUCAAGCAAUAGAGCUUCUGGCUCGAGAUGGAGACAGGUUGAAGUUUCUCUUCAAGCCACCAAUGGGAGCGCACUAUGACUGUAACUUUUCCUUCGCUGGUCUGCGAAAUCAGGUGACGAUGUCAAUACAGAAAAAAGAGAAGGAGGAAGGUGUGGAGCAGGGAACUUUGUUGUCAUGUGUUAAUGACAUAGCUGCUGCUAUGCAGCACACAGUGGCCUCUCACAUUGCCAAGCGCACACAUCGUGCCAUUUUGUUCUGUAAGGCCAAAGGCCUCCUGCCUUCCUGCAAUCCAACACUGGUGGUGUCAGGAGGAGUUGCCAGUAACCAGUACAUCCGAAAGACUUUGAAAAUUGUCACAGACACCACUGGAUUACAUUUGCUUUGUCCUCCUUCCAAGUUUUGUACUGACAAUGGAGUCAUGAUUGCAUGGAAUGGAGUUGAGCGACUGAGGGAAGGAAAGGGCAUCCUGUCCCAUACUGAGGAGGUCAACUAUGAGCCCAAAGCUCCCCUGGGUGUGAACAUAACAGCAGAAGUGAAGGAGGCAGCUAUCAAACUUCCACCAUUAAAGCUGAGGUUUACGGACUGACGUUCACUUAUGUGCAUAUCCAUGAUGCAUAUAAUUCCUACUAUUUACGAUUAAACUUUUGAAAUACA